UAUCAAUUCAUCAUCAGGACCCCCUCCCUAGUUCCAGAGCUCAAGAAUACCAAAGAGUCGCUAGUUCGAGACGACUCGAACAAGUUUCCCGCCUACGCGAUGACGGAAUAUGGAAAUCGCUUCUACGAGAUCCUCCAGUCCGGCCCAUCCGACAGUCGGGAUGAUCAUCCGAACUCUCGGGCUUCCAACGAAUACCUAACGCGGCUGGCGGGAUACUCCUUAGCAUCCCUUACCUCUGAGCCUACUCGGAUCGCAGAUGAAGCGGAUUUCGUGCAGAGAGAGUUGACCGGGCUAUGUGCUCGAGAAAACAAGAUCUUCAUCGACGUACACGCAUGUUCGUCCUCCAUUUCGACUGCACUGGACGACUUUACCGCUUCGCUGGACGACCUCUUCGAGGCCAUUCCCGAGCUCGAGGAUGAAUGCCUGUCGUUCGCAAAGUCUACCCGGGGAAUACAGAUCGAUCGGGAGAGAGCUUCGGUCAUUUUGGAGCAACAGGACCCCCUACUUGACAUUUUGGAAGUGCCUCAAUUGGUUGACACAUGCGUGAGAAACGGGUACUAUCAAGAGGCAAUGGAGUUGGCUGCCCACAUCAACCAGGUCGCACGGCGGUACCCGGACCUUGCGAUCGUGCGAUCCGUCGCCCGAUCCAUGGAGUCAGUCAUGGAUAUGCAGUUGUCCCAACUACUGGGACUCCUCCGCGAAUCGAUCAAGCUGCCCGCCAUGGCCAAGACGAUCGGAUUCCUUCGGCGCAUGGACCGGUUGUCAGAAGAAGAAUUGCGGAUGGUAUUCCUAAAAAGCCGGGUCGAUCACAUGCGUAGUGCAGUAGAAGGGCUACAUAACGAGAAGAACGACAAAAUCCGGUACCUACGCCGGUACAUCGACUUGUUUCGCGAAGUCGUAUACGAAACCGUCUCUCAGUAUAACUCUAUCUUCAUGAACCUCGGAAUGGCUGCUUCUGAUCGACACCAGGAAGAGGGGGCACUCGACCUGGUUGCUCGUUAUGUCCAACAUAACGUCCAGCAGUUGACCGUCGUCAUUCAUGAGAACCUGGAUGGCAUACAGGAUUCAUCUUCGUUGUCAUCGUUGUUGACCCAACUAGGAUACAGCACGAUGUCUUUUGCCAGAAUGGGCAGCGAUUUCACGGCCCUGCUUCGCAACCCGUUCGAAACCGCUGUCGAGUCGCUCGUGGCGACAGGGUGGGUCCUGGCUACUGAUCAAUUGACAGACAAGUUCGACGAAGCGACUCGUCUGGAACUGCGUCCCGGGUCAUGGUUAGCGUCGGAAGAGGGGAAGGCGGUUAUCCUGGCGGAUAUUUCUUCCCCACCGGAUCGUCCGGCUCUCCAAUCGUCGACCAUCCCACCUGCUUAUCUGGCUUUCUUCCCUCCUCUUGCGAUAUACCUGAAUCACGGUCUUGGUAUUCUGAACUCGUUACGGUUGCUCGCGCCUACAAAGAGCCGAUACAAGGCAACUCAGGCACUUGCCAGAUCGCUCGCCCAGUCGACGACACGCUUCCUCGAUUACGCUCGAGCCGUCACGGAAGAACGCCUCAAACCCUCAUUUAAAAGGCCUGAUUCAAUGAGACGAAACACCAGCAUUUCCAAUCAAGGACAACUUUUGGAGCAAGACAAAGCUCGGAUACUGGAAUCCCGCCGAGUCUUGGUAGCCGCAGCUGAUGCAAUGCUCGGUGUCAUGUUCCCCUUCCUUCUAUCUGCGAUGCAGAACGUCGUGUAUUCGCCGAGUCACGAGCGGGACGCCGACGGCGCAAGUCUAGGUGAAUCACAAGCUGCACUUGAGCGAUGGCUGUCGGAUAACCGUGAGCCUCCCGAGCCCGCGGACACCAUUGCGAUCGGUGGUCAAAGUGGCACGAUUUCGCCUACGGGAGAUGCUCCAGGUCCGGACCAUUCCCAGCGGAUGACCGUGUCCAGCUCGGGCGCGAGCGACUCAGUGGCAAACCAAAAGGGUUUCGUGAAAACCUCGGACAUGUCGCCGGCGAAGCCUUCGACUCCCGAUUCGACGCGUUCCGAGAAUGGAAAUGCUGCCAAUGAGGCGGAUAUACCAUCGGAUGUUCACCUGACGCCGACUACUGGAUCCGUCUUAGGACAGGAUCACGGUCAAACGGCAAAUCCCGAGGCUAGUCCAAGCGGAGACGUCUCCGUACCCGCUCAGACACACAAUUACGAUUUUACACAGACCGAAACAACGGUCGUUAUCGUCAUUCCCAAGAAAAAGGUUGAAACCGUUGAUUUGAAAUUUGCUAAAGAAGGGAUUCAAAUCUGCCUUGACGGUGACAUGGAGAUUGAUUUAUCCCCCUUAUUCGGGCCUUUCAAUGCGGAAGGUACCAGCACGUCGAUAUUCAAGAAAAAAGUCGAGGUGUCGAUACCGAAGGCAAAUACCGGGGAGAUGUGGGAUCGGUUGACAAAAUAGUGAAAUCAAGUGAGAGGUUUCAAGAUGGCAACGGUUCAGGUCAACGUUGGGCGCUGCCGGACUAUCGUGGAAUUCGCUUGAUUUAGUGAACAACGGAAAGACUCGCUACUUCAUCGAGAUGAAUGAUGCUUCUAUACCAUGCCAUAAUAGGACAAAACAUGUUUAAGUUGGACGACACGGUAGAGCGCAAGCUCUAGUAUAGAAUCCUGCGAAAUGAUCCAGGUCAUGGCGGCUCCUGAUUGUCAAUGCUUUACGGGACCCGGAUCAAGACGAACGUCCUGAAUUGCGCUGCAUUCUCUCGAUUCCAGAAUGGGAUAGAGGUAUCUCCGCGCAAGGUUGUGCUCAAUAAGAUUCGUGUGCUGUGCUUCUAUCCAAAGCCGAUGCAGGCGAUGGCAACAAUCGAGCGGAAACACCUCGCUGAUUAGUUUCAGAAAACGUCAAGCGUCUAGUGUUGACAGCAACGUACACAUGAGACAUGUAACUGCGGGG